AUGGCUUCAGAAGUUGUGGUGGUUAUGGUGCCCUUCGUCGCACAAGGCCAUCUCAACCAGCUCCUCCACCUCUCCGGCCUCCUCUCCUCCUACAACCUCCCCAUCCACUUCCUCUGCUCCGCCACCAACACCCGCCAGGCCCGCCACCGUCUCCACGGCUGGAACCCCAACAAUCUUAUUCACUUCCACCAACUCCCAGAUCCUGAAUUCACCUCCCCACCACCAGAUCCCAACUCCACCACCCAAUUCCCCACCCAUCUCCAGCCUUCCUUCAACUCAUCCCUCCAUCUCCGCCGUCCCGUCGCCGACAUCAUCCGCUCCCUCUCCCACACAGCCACAAGAGUCGCCGUCGUUCAUGACUCUCUAAUGUCUUACGUCGUUCAAGAUGUCAAAUCCAUACCCAACGCCGAGACCUACAUCUUCCGAGCUCUCUCCAUUUUUUAUGUUUUCUGUUUCCAAUGGGAAAAACUUGGAAGAAAGCUGCCGUUUGAAACCCACCUGCUACACCGGCUGCCAAUGUCUGCCGAGAGCAUGACACAAGAAUUCAUGGAGUUCAUAAAACUUCAGUACUCCCAUCAAACGAUUCAUGUUGGAAAUUUAUAUGAUUCAUCGAGAGUUAUCGAAGGGAAGUUUCUUGAAUUACUAGAGAAAGAUUCGAUAAACGGGAAAAACCAUUGGGCUGUGGGACCGUUUAAUCCGGUGGAUAUCCAAUCGGAAAUCUCAGAUUCGUGUCGCCGGCGGCACAACUGCUUACAGUGGCUAGACAAACAACCGGAAAAAUCCGUCGUUUUCGUUUCUUUUGGCACCACAACUACGUUCACCGAAGAACAAAUCGGAGAACUCGCCGUCGGAUUGGAGAACAGCGACCAAAGGUUUUUGUGGGUUUUGCGGGAUGCUGAUAAAGGUGAUGUUUUCAUGAACGACGGUGGUCGGAGGGUGGUGCUGCCAGAAGGGUUUGAAGAGAGGGUGGCGGAGAGAGGAUUGGUUGUGAGAGAUUGGGCACCGCAGUUAGAGAUUUUGGGUCACCGGUCGACUGGUGGGUUUGUGAGUCAUUGUGGAUGGAAUUCUAGCAUGGAAGCCAUGACCGCCGGAGUUGCCAUCGCUGCGUGGCCGUUGCAUUCCGAUCAGCCACGGAAUGCGUUUCUGAUGGCGGACGUUUUAGGGGUUGCAUUGAUGAUGAAGGAUUGGAGUUGUAGAGAUGAGUUGUUUACAUCUGUAAUGGUGGAGAAGGUGAUUAGGAAGUUAAUGGAUUCGGAAGAAGGGGAGGCGAUAAGGCAGAGGGCGGCGGAGUUGGGUGGUGAGUUGCGGCGGUCAAUGGCAGAAGGUGGCGUUACCCGUAAUGAAUUGAACUCACUUGUUUCGUAUUUUCGUAGGAGAUGAAAAAACCUCUUUCAAAAUUACCGGUUUACUAAAUACUUAGUU